AUGGGAGUCGUAGUCAGUGAGCCGGCCAGCACUACUAACUGCGAAUUCGCCAACGCAGAACUUACUGAUGCCGAUUCAGAAGAAUCUGAUUUGUUAAAAAUACCUACUACUGCAACAAACACACCAACCUUUGUCACCAUGGAUUGGAUACCAGGCUUUGAAGCCUCUCGGCGGAAGAGGACACCAGAAACAGGGUCUAGAAUGCAGAUAAGGCCACCGACGCCAACGAGAGCCUCAACUCCCACAAGAAAUGGCGGGGGAGCAUCAACACCAACUCGCAAUGGAGCCAGAUCGCCAACCAAUUCGGCAUACAUACAAACGAACCCUAGCAAAAAGGCACCAGUUGUCACCAGGUCUAAAGGAGUUCGUUUCGCUGCUGAUACGCGGCAGGGCCGAGAACCAUCACCGACCUCUCGAUCGUCGACGAGUGAGACCUUUGAACAGGCUCUCACUGUGCUUGACGCUAUUGUGGACAGAGAUGAACAACGGAAUGCUGGUAAUAGUGGCAGGGUGCGAAUGGCAGCUUCACCUACCCGAGCUGCGUCAUCUCCCAUCAGAGGUGGUAAUUCUCCUAGAAGAGCUGGAAACGGCAGAGAAGACCCUCCUCAAUUCGAAUUGACAGAAGCCAAUGAAAUGAACCGGAUAUUGACGGAACAGCUACGGAUGCUCCAACGCAAGGUGAACAAACUUCAAAAGAACGGAAACGUUGCAGUUGAUGAUCCAGAAGUGGAACUCAUGGCCAAACGAUACAAUACCAUGAAGAAAAAGCUGGCAUCUGUCACCGCUGUCCUCGAAGAAGUCACAAUGACCAACAGAACCCUGCUGACCAAGAACGAAGAGUUGAAACGCAGGAUUCGAGGCAACGAUGCACCAAGUAGAAGCGAACAAGCCGUUGAGGAUCAGGAUCGUGAUGAGCUCAUUGCCACCAUCCGGUCUCUUGAGGCAAAGGUGGAGGACUACAAGGAAGAAAAGAUGUCCACGAAAGCAACUCAAUCGCGAAAGGAUGCAAAGUUCAAGGACCUUGAGAACUCUUUGGCGGAUGCGACGUAUGAAAAUUCCCAACUCAAUGCUCAGAAUACAGCGUUGGAACUGGAACUCGUCGCUACCAAGGACAAACUUGAGAAUGCUGAAGAGAGCUUCAAGAAAAGCGAGAAAGAAAAGCAGAAACAGACGCGGCAAAUUUCUGAUCUUUUCGAGGAUCUGGAACAGAUGACCGAAACCAAUGAGAAAUUGGCCUCUCAGAUCUCAGUUGAGAAGACAUACAAACAUGAAAAGAGCCACCAGAAAGAAGCUCAAGCCAAUUUCAUGGAGGACAUUCGUGACCGCAAGGAAGCUCUUCAACAGAAGGUGGACCAACUGAAUAGCCGACUUGGAGACGCCGUUAAAACGGCCAAGGAAUUCGAAGACAUGCCACAGCAAGUGGAAGAAAUGAAGAGAAAGAUCGAAAUCCAAGAGGUUUCUCAUCGAUCCGAAGUCUCUCUGAUGCAAACUGAAAUGUCCAAACUGAAGACUAUCAACAGUGCAUUGGAAAUUGAAGUGGCUGGACUCAAUGUUCGUCUUGAUGGUGCACACAAAGAGAUUAACGUCACCCGUAAUGCCAAAAACGAGAUUUAUGAAGAAUUCAGAAUGAAGCAACAAAGCGAACUUGUGACCAAGAAUGAACGUGAGGCAAUGGCAAAAACGAAUGAGCCAAAGUCAGCCGAUCAUACCUUGUUCAACAAUAUGGAUGAUCACAUGAACGAGUUGGAACGACUCAACAGACGGCUUGAGAAUGAAAAGGACGGAAUCCAACAGAAGUAUCUGAAAUGCUGUGCUGAGUAUGAUGAAGUGAAUGAAGCCAAUCGCAAGCUCGCCACAAAGAACAAGGAACUCACGGAAGCAAACCUUGAACUUGAAAAGAUUGCUACCCAUAGCAAGGGAACUGUGAACGGAAAAUCCGCUAUGAUCUCUGCACUUGCCCGUAAGAUUGAAGAGUUGCAAUAUCAACGCACAGAGUUGAUGGAUGAACGAACAACUCUUGAGACUCAAAUCACCGUAGAGAAGAACGCCAUGAUCAUGGCAAAUACCAACAUCUCUGAGCUUGAAGCUCGCAUCGCAGCUUAUGAAUCAGAGGUUUCUGAAUUGAAUAUUGAGAUCCAAGAACUCAACGAAGAGAAUGAAAGGUUACAGAAAUUCGAAUCGCAAACUUACGAGAAGCGUGAAGAGCUGAAGCAAAAACGACAGAUGAUUGAAUCAUUGGAAACCAAGAUUGAAGAGCUUGAAAACGAGAAGAAUGCCAUGGAAGAAAAGGUGGAUCGUGCCGAAGCUGAGGUCGAGGCACACAAGAACACAAUCGCUGCUGCGUCAAAGCAAAUGGCCGACCUUGGUGGCUCAAAUGCCCGCCAGGAGUCCAAGAUUGCGGAACUGAAUGAACAGCUCGAGGCCUCGAAACGUACUCUUGAAGCUAUGAUGAAGACCCACGAAGAGUACAUUGAAGAUCAGAGGAAAUCUGACGUUGAGAAGCUUGCAUCAUGGGAAGAGAAGCUCAGCGAUGCCAAUUCCGAGUGGCAAGAAGCUUUGGAUGAUAUCAUCAACGAGUGGCAAAUCAAGUAUGAAGACGCAAACGACCUGUGGCAAGCAAAGUUUGAUUCUUCGGCCAAGGAGAACGCUCUUCUCACUGAGAAGUGCGCCACGAUGAAGAACGUCUAUGAUAGCAAGAAUCGGGCAAACAAAGCCUGGGAAGAGCUUCAAGGAAAGCUGGAUCAAAGCGAAGCCAAACUUGCCGAAGCUAAGGAGGAUAACAACGAAUUGACAAAGACAAACCAAGAAUUGGAAAAGCAAGUGAAUGCUCAAGUAGAGCAAAUCAAGAGAUUGAAUGAAUACUCAGUGACUGCAGCCAAGAAGCAAAAUGAGCGCAUGACUGAGCUUAAGGAAAGAACAAUGAUUCUUCAAGAGAAAUGCGUCAGAUUGGAGAAUAGAAAUGCAGAUUUGCAGGCUAAGGAUGAAGCAUCACGAAUUGAAGUCAACUCACUUGCAGCAAGAUACAAGUGCACUGCAAUCGAAGUGGAACAGAUGGAAAACCAGUUCACUACACUUUCCAAAGAAAUUGUAUCAAAUCGGCACAAUAACAGCAAUGCUGCCAUGACUUCGAUCAUUGCAGCACUGAACAAGCAAGUGGAACACUUCAAGAAAGAAAGACGCCAGCUCUACGAGUCGCAGGCUACAAUUGAAGCCAAGGCAACUGUGCACAGAAAUGCCAUGGUUGCUGCAACGUCUCAAAUCGCAGGAAUUGAAGCCGAAAAGGAAGCGUUGCAAGACCAGUUGAAAGAUCUCAAGGUGAAACUCAACGAUUCCAAGGAAGAAAUCGAGACAGCUCACCAAACUGUAGCAGUCGCUCAAUCGACACUCACAUCGCUCGGAAACAUUGACAAAGAGCGACAAGCGAAGAUUGACGAUAUCAGAGAGCUCAACAAGAACUUGGCUCAAAAGAAUAUCACUCUAAGUGAUGAACUGAGCAAUUUGCAAACCGCCCAUUCGGAACUGCAAUCCAAAUACGACCUUUGCUCUUCAGAUCUAGAGGCACUAAAGGUACGGGUAAACACACAAGAAACUGUCAAGCGAAGCUCUGUUGCAAUGGCCUCGACGCAAGUAGCUGAGCUAAGCGCAAGAAACAGUUCUCUGGAACGUUCUCUUGCAACAGCUAAGGAAGAAUUGCAAGAAGCACACGCUGAUAUGGAAGGUGCCCGUGAGGAAAUGGAAUCUACUAUGUCUCAGUACCGCUCAAAACUCAAUGCGAUGACUCAACUGAAUGUCGAAUGUCAAGCCAAGAUCUAUGAGUUGGAGCAGACUAUUGAUAAGAAUGAUUAUGUUGCUGACCCCAGUGAGCUUAAGGCAACUCUGGCGACAUGCCAGCAACAGCUUCAGGAUCAAACUCAAUCGAAUGAGGUUUACAAGAAUCUGAUCGAUCAGCUCACCCAAAUGAACGACGACCUCAAAGCACAAGUCAGUUCACACAAGGAUAGCCUUGAAUCAAUGAAGGAAUCCGAAGCAAAUAUGUCUGCCCAAGAGGCAAAGUUGAGCCAAAUGACGGAUGAACUUGCUACACUUACGCAGGAGAACUCUGAUAUGAAGGACACUCUCAAGGCACUCACAAACAAGCUAACGACAGUCACAAAGGACCGAGAAAAUGCACGCGAUGAAGGAAAAUACCUCUUGGCAAGAAUCGACGAAGUUUCUACUGCCAAGGACAAGGUGGACAAGACACUGAAAGAUUGGAAACGAGUCAGCAAGGGUAAAAUGAGAGAGCUUACCUUCCGGAACACGCAACUGACCUCAUCCAACCAAGAGAAGGCCAAUGAGAUCGACCGACUUCGAAAUCUAAUCUCUCGACGUCGCUAA